GAAUGAGUGCGCUUCAGAGCCUGAUCACAGCACUGGCGCUGUCGUUGUCGUCAUUUGUGAUGAGUUUCCAGCUCUCCGCAAUGAGAUCUACCCUGCCAUGCAGACGAGAGAGGCCAUCUCUGAGGAUGCAGAACGACGCAAAGGUGAUGACGAAUCAGCGGCACGCCGAUGCAGAUCACUUCCUGCACUGUAGCAAUGCUUCGUUUCUGCGUGCAGGUGUCUGUGGCGGCUCUCUCCCCGACGUCCAUCAGCCUUGUAUCGUCAGAUCUGGCUUCCUUUCCGCUGUACAGGGUGCGUUACGGCACCGACAGCACCUCUGCCCCCCUGGCCUCUUUUGUCUUCACCAGUAUGCAAGGUGGCAUCUGUCGAUUGGCCGGGCUUAGGCCAGACACCGACUAUUCUGUGAUGGUGUAUGGCGUCGGGGAGGCAGCCGCGGCCCAUGAAGGAGGGUCUGAGGCGCUGCUGGCCUCAGCCGCCUUCAAGACGCCUCGGCAGGAGGUUGGAGAGGUCGGGGACAUAUCGCGGCUUGACAUGAGAGUCGGUGAGAACGACCAAUGAUACGCAGUGCAACAAUAUUGAUGUGUAGGUCCCUGUCUGAUUGACUGCAUGCAGGUCGCAUCUCGUCUGUGGAGAAGCACCCAGACGCCGACAGCCUCUACAUCGAGCAGAUUGAUUUAGGGGAAGGCGAGCCCCGGACGAUUGUGAGCGGUCUGGUCAAGUACUGUUCGCCAGAGGAGCUGCAGGGGCGGGACGUGAUUGUGCUCUGCAACCUUAAACCUCGCAUGAUGAGAGGGGUCGAGUCGCGGGGGAUGCUGAUGCGCGCGUCCGACGAAAGCAAGACAACGGUGGGCUCAGUCGGGAUGCACACACACUCUGUGCAAGUAUAUCGCUCCAUCGGUCCAUCGGUGUGCUGUGGAACUGCUGUGGCGUGUCAGGUGGAGCCACUGAGGCCGCCAGAAGGAUCCGCACCUGGUAGGUCAAAUCACUGGCUGCAGCGCCGUUGGUGUGCCACAUGGAUGCUCUCCCUUGUCCACUGCAGGUGAUGCGGUCCGGGUUGAUGGGUACCAAAGGCAGCCCUAUCAGCCUGGUGACAGGGCCAACAGGGCCUUCGAAAAGGUCGCAUCCAAACUCAGAACCGAUGAUCAACUGGUACCUGCCAGAAAAGGCCAUCACGCAAGGCGUUUGGACAAUGUGUGUCUGUUUCCUGUCUUUAUGUCCGUGUGUGUGUGUUGGUGCAGAGAGGGACAUAUGAUAGUGCGGUGAUGUCGACUGAGAGGGGGCCAUGUACAGCUACCAUUGAGGGCCGCAUCUCAUGAGCGGAGCGGGGGUAGAGAGACUGGUCUGAGGUGUGUCGAUUGAAGAUGAGACCUUUCGUUGCAUGGCCGUUCAACAAACGAUUUCU